AUGUCGAAACCAGUGCGGCAAGAUUACAUCGCCAAGGUGCGAUACAUCAACAACCUUCCCCCGCCUCCCUUGAAUCCAAAGAUGAUCGAGUAUAAUGUGACAAAUCCAAUACCGUUCCUGACCGAGGCCAAUCAACUCAUGUCAUCGUUGUUUCGAAAAGAGAACUUCAAGACGUUUAUAUCGGCCGUAGACGAGGAAAGCGGCAUGAAUCUCAAUCUCUUGAACAACACAGAUGUUUUGGAAUCCGGAGAUAACCGCGCCAUCCACUCUUUGGUGAAAGAUGAUGUCGAAGCCAAGCUCCACGAAAAAGACAGAGCUCUUCUUCGAGACGCCGGAAUCACUUAUCUCGCCAAGUCGGAGCCCGGUGUGUCGUUCUUAAGGAGAACAGAGUAUAUAUCUGAGAAACAAGCACCCAAAUCGACCCAGACCAACGGAACCAGCACGACGAAAGAGGAAAAGCUUGACCCCGAAGCACAAUUGAAGGCAGUUGAAGACACAUUUGAGCAAGCCCAGGCCACGCUCGAUGACUUUGCUAAGUUGAAACACCCCAGAAAGAAAAACGCCAAGGCGGUGGCAGCAUGGCCGUUAUUACCCGAUGCCUCUAUGAUGGACUCAAAGUACUUGACAGUCAAGUUUUCUGGCUCGGCAUCGUUGUCGCGUGAACAUGAGACGUUGAAAAGACAAGGAAAGUACGACGAGAAGCUCGAACACAAAUCCUUGCUUUCUACGGUGUACAGACCAAUCACUUCGGCCGAUGGUGAAUGGAUAUCUUUAUACCAAGUGCGCGAUGCAACCCAAGCUAAUGCGCUCGUAGAAAAACUCCAAUCCACCGAAAAGGAGCGCCCAGUCAAUCUUCUUGAUGAGGAGGAACAACGAGAGACCUAUACUCUCAAGCACAUGAAAAAUUACGACAUGAACUUCCAGCGGUUUUCGAAGCCUUUUGAAGAAUUGUCCAUCAAAUUCGCAGGCGAUAGUGGGCUGAAGAAGAGAAAGGCCGCAUAUUAUUAUCCUGUCACCGGAAGGAUUGACCUCAAGAAACAUCGUGCUUCUGGAAACCCAGAACUCAACAAAUUUUUGGCUCAAAGUACCUUUGACACCAUCCAGUUGCACAUUAGAGAACCAACCACCAAUGAAAUACGGAAGAUGGAUGUUGCCAGAUCUGAGUUCGAUCCCAUGGAAUAUGAAGGAGAGGACGACGAGGUGCCACAGGAAAACGAAUCUGAACCCGAACAGCCAACCGAAGCAUAA